GGAGGAAGAAAACUCAUUAGAGUCCUAUAAAAAGAAAGUAUCUGAGAUCAUAAAGGAGACUGCUGGAGGACUAAGAGCCACUCAGAGCCUGACGGAGACACGCUGCAGACGCUCACUCCUUCAUCCUGAGAACUUCCCUGCGCUUUUCCCCACAGCUCCAUCAGUGCGCUCUGUGCGCUGCGCAUGGACACUGCACCGGCGCGCGCUUCUAGCUGACAAAUAUAGCUGCUUCCACAGGAUAAAACUUUUAUUUUUUUUUUUUACCACGGUAAUAAUUUAGAGGAUGAUCGUCUCAGCUUGGAGGAGAUGCUGUAUUGUGAUGUUUCUAGUCGCUUGUGUGAGGACGGCGGCAUCCCAGGUGUCAGAGGCGCGCCCCAAAGCGAACUCCAUCAGGCCCUCUUCCCUGGAGGAGACACCGACCCCGGCAGCGAACCGGUCCGCCCUGCUCCCCAGGAAGCUCCGGCUCCCACAGCAGCAGGUGUAUCCAUGCAGUAACGACAAGGAGUGCAGUGUUGGCAGCUACUGCCACAGCCCCCAGCAUGCUCCGUCUCGCUGCCUGUCCUGCCGCAGGAGAAAGAAGCGCUGCCAUCGAGAUGCUAUGUGCUGCCCUGGGAACCGCUGUAGUAACUAUAUUUGUGUCUCCAUCACUGAGAGUGUGCUGUCCCCUCACAUCUCUGCAAUAGAUAAUCCCAAUGUGCUGAACACCAAAGACCACAGCUGGAGGAAGAAAGGGAGGGGCCAGGCUAAGCAUGUACUAAAAGGUCACGAGGGCGACCCUUGCCUACGCUCAUCCGACUGCUCAGACGGCUACUGCUGCGCCCGUCACUUCUGGACCAAAAUCUGCAAACCGGUGCUGCGGCAGGGAGAGGUAUGCACCAAGCAGAGGAAGAAAGGUUCUCACGGCCUGGAGAUCUUCCAGCGCUGCGACUGCGCCAAGGGCCUCUCCUGCAAGGUGUGGAAAGAUGCCACCUCCUCAUCCAAGUCCAGACUUCACAUGUGCCAGAAGAUCUGAAGCCGAGGCAGCUGCCACAGGCGCUGAGGCCUCUGUCUCCAUCUGCCACGGAAAGUUUUUAGAAAAGAAUGGCUUGUGGCUGCACUGAAAGGAGCAAAAGACAGAGACUAACUAGAGACAGAACAGACUUCUGAGGCGUGGGUUCAAAAGCUCUGCAAGCGAACAGCAAAUGGGAACCCUCUGAUGUGUUUGCUGUGAGCUGCCGUCAUUGCACUCACGCAAGCGCGCAACUUCAAGACACAAGCAUGUAUUUUUCCUCGCAGCUUUAGGAGAUGGACCAACCACGCCCCUCUGAAGAAUUAAACAUGACCGGAUGAUGUUCAGGGAACCGCAAAGAUAGCUGGCAACAUGCUGCGAUGGGUGCGGACUUUGUCAAGGUGGAGACAGCAGAUGUAGCAGACUUUUAUUUUGUAAAAUACAAUAUUCAUUACAAGCCUCUCCAAUUAGUUACUUUAAAAUAUUUUAAAUACAUAUUCCUUAGAUAUUGAAAUCUUUAUCUUAGGGAACACUUUGUUGCAUCCGUCAGACUUCUUUAGUGUUAAUGUGCUUACACCUCACACUUAUAAACCAAAGACCUACAGAGUGUUCUGCUUUGAGUUAAUGAGUUUCAUCUGCUGCGUUAGUUCAGCAGGCGAGAGAUAAAGCAUGAUUGUGUUCACUUUGGUCUGUCAGAUACAGCUGUGAUCCGUCGGGACGAGAGCUGAAACUGUUUGUGUGCGAGGUGGAACUCCACUGCAGACUCGGCGGUACCGGUACCAGACAGAAAGCGGCUCUGCUUUCCCAGUCACAUUAACGAGACUCCAGCAUUUAAGGGUUUCCAAUUGAGUUUUUUUUUUUUUUUUCCAUUUGCAAAGCCCGUAGGAAUGGAGACAUGCGGAGAUAGAUUACAUAGAGCUGGUGUUCAAAGAGAAUCUGUGGUUUGAUACUUUGUUCUCCGGGCGGUGCGGAACCCUGUUUACUUUUAAGCCUUUUUGAAUACAACCACAUACGUUCUUCUCAUGAAAUACUGAAAAACUUAAUUCUGUUCCCGAACCCUGAAGCAGACACUCAUAGAAUUGCUUUAAAGCAUACAUCUUGUAACCAUUUGAAAUAUCAAUAAGCUUUUUUUUAUGUAAAUAAACUGGAAGCAUUAUAUUUAAGACUGUAUGUAUAUCAUGUACAUACUAAUCCUGAACGUUCUAGUCAGAGGAGAUAUGGUAGGUAGACAUAAACAUGAGACUGCUUACAUGAAAAAAGACAGCUUGUAGCAGGUAAUACAAUGAUUUCCUGACUGUUUUGUGUAAAUGGUGUGUAAAUUAUGUUAAGAUGUAUAUCCCACUAAAAUGAUAUGUGUGAAUAUUUUACAUUGAUUUGGUUUGUGUUUUCAAAAUAAUGGAAGAAUAAAAGGAAUGUAUUUUGUAUAAGCAAUCACAAAGUAUGUGUUAUUGAUUGAUGUGUUUCCUGCUGCUUCAUUUUAUUACAAAUCCCCUUGAAAUAAGAGGAUAUAAUGAUGACAAACAUUACGAUACAAUCCAACACCAUACAUUAGAUACAAUCUGAGUAGAAAUCAGAAAACAUUUUAUUGUCAUUAAAAAAUGUAUAUAUCAAUAAAGGUAUUUAAAAACGAUAGUAUAUAUG